GAGAGAGAGAGAGAUUCUCUUCGACGGCGAUUCGUUAACGGACUUCAUCCUCCUCCGCCUUCUUCCACUUCACUCUCCGCCGCGCUCGCUCACCGCUCUAGGCUCUUUCUCCGACUGUUCGCUCCGCGGCUUCGUUGUUUCUCAAGUGAAGAAACUAACGGCAAAAUGUGUUCAUCAGGAACGGGAUCGCCUCUGGUUGCGAAAGACGACGAGCUUCCUGAGAAUCCAAUCGGUGAAGAAGAAGAGUCACUUGAACGAAACUCAACUGAAGAAAACGACUCGGGCGAUGAAGCUGCUACUGCUAGUGCUGUGAAUCCUUUGUCCAGCGAUGCUGCUCAGAUCGUCCCAUUGCUACAGAAUCUCCUACUCAACAAUGACAUCCAGAGGGAGAGGUUAACCGGAUUGUUUCAACUCUUUGCUCCAGCUGCUGACACAAACGCAAACGUGAAUACCGAAGAAGACGAGCAGACAGCAAGGGAGGCAGCUCUAUCUUCUCAGGUUCAUUUCUUGGAGCAGAGUGUGCAGAUGCUUGAAGAGGAGGUUGAGAAUCAGAAGAAACUAAACGCUCAGCUAGAAGAACAGAUCAAGCGCUUGACGACGAGCAGCGAUCCAGAAAGGCAGGAUUGACUUUGCGCUCCAUUUUGAAGGAGGAGGCUUAUGCACCACUCUAUUUGCAUUACAUCUUUUUUUCGCUUAGAAAACGCUAUGGACUGAUAAACCGCUGUGGUUGCUGAUCCAUUCUUUGAUUGAACAGUUUACAAGUUUCCUCUUGUCAUAUAGAAUGACUCCCUGUUUUGUAUAUAAAUAAUACUGAAACUGUACUAGCAUUUGAAACAUAG